UACUACAUUUCCCAGAAUGAGUACAAUGACGUGUCACCUACUCUAGGCCCUUUCACUGUGACGAGUGUGUUAUCGCAAGAUGAUAAGGAGUAAACCUGACGAGGAGGAAUACUGGAACAGUUCGAAGUUCAGUGCCUUCACUUUUGAUGACGAGGAUGACGAAUUUUCUAGUCUGAAGGAAUCUAAACGAGCCGUUAACAGUAUUCGCCUCUUGGAUGAUGAUGAUGACGAAGAUGAGGUGGAGAAGGUCAGCUGGAGUGGAGAGCCUGUUGGAAGUAUCUCCUGGUCUAUUAAGGAGACGGCAUCAAGCACCCAGUCAACGAUACGUGAUCAGGGAUUCCCCAAGAUUGACACCACUCCCACACUGACCAAACAGGGUUCUGGCUACUCCCUCAGCUCUCUCUUCAAAGGAAGAAGCAAAGCUGGAAGUUACCCAUCCUUUUCAGAAUGUCUCAAUGAAGUGUCUACCAGAAGUUUUGCACCUGAGCUACGGAAGCCAAAAUCUGAAUACAAGGACUUUGUCAGUGAUUGGACUCCAGAGGAAACAGUGAGGAGGAUGCGGACAGGGAAGGCUUACUCCCUGGAGACAUUCCGGUCUUUGAAGGACAAACUCCUGCUCCUGGAUGAAGCAGUUUGUGCACUUGAUGGAAAUGUCAUUACUGCGGUUUUAAUCUAUUUGAAGAAGUCGUUAAGUAAAGAAAUCAUCUCAAGAGAAUUGAUGUCAAGGGAAAUCGCUCUUCGGCACUAUAUUCAUUAUCUCAAGGAAGUGGGAGAACAGAAGCUACUACUCGAUCUUCUCAGGUCUUUGGGCAGAACAGAGGACAUGGCGCUCCUGCAGUACAGAGAGCAUCUCAAUAUCAAAGAUGAAGUGCGAAGAAAAGACUUCUUGAAAAGCUGUGUCGGUCUUCCUUUCGCACCGGAUGAUGCAACUCAUGUCCAAGACCACUACACUUUAUUAGAAAGACAGAUUAUUAUAGAGGUUAAUGACAAGCAGGUAGAAAGCAAAGGGCAGACAGACGUAUUUAAAAAAUAUCCCAGAAAGGCCUCUAUCCUGAACAUGCCCAUCAUCACUACCCUGUACUACUCCUGUUUCUACCACUAUGGGGAGUCAGAGGGCACAUACAGCAGUCCAGCAAACAUUAGACAGACAUUUAAGAUUUCCGAAAAGCAGUAUUUCCUCACAGCCCUAGGGGCAAGGGCAAAGCUGAAAGCCUGGUUCGAUGUAGACAGCCUGUUCACCACCAAGAACUGGUUGGGCUACACGAAGAAGAGAUCUCCAAUUGGGUUUCACCGAGUGGUGGACAUCCUACAGAAAAACAAUGCACCGGUGCAGGUGCUGCAGGAGUACUUGAGUUUGGUGGAAGAUACAGAGCUGAGGAUCAGCCUGGCUCAGAAACACAGGUGCCAUGACAUAAUCAUUGAUACCUACAAAGACUUGAAGGACCGGCAGCAGCUGAUUGUGUACAGGGGUAAGGUUGAGAGGGGGUCACCUGAGGACAGGAAGAUCGAAGCACUGCUGAACAACACGCAAAUCCGAUGGAAAAACUGACCCCUUUGGUGAGCAAUCUAUGGGCACAGGAAGCGCGUCAGAAAAGGAACCCUCAUGACCAAAGUUCAAAGGCAUUCUUUUUUUAAUGAACUGUGAAGGCCUUGUUUGAGUUCGAUAGCUUGUAUGUCUAUAUGUAAAUUUAAGAUGAGCUGUUGGUCAAUUUCCAGUUACUGUGCAAACAAAGAUUGACAAAGGAGAAGCUAUCUGGAACUGAAGAGACGUUUAUUUAUUUGCAUUUUUGUAAAGCUUCCCAAGCAUGGAUUUCAACUUGCCAGCUUUGCUUCAGCAUUUCUGUUAAACGAGAGUGCACCAUACUGACCUUACACUAAAACAUGGACGGUUUUUUUUUUGGAAAUAUGAAACAAUGUGAUCCAAAAUGUAAAUCUACUCCUAAAAUUUUUUCUUCUGCUGUAAAAUUUCCUGAAUUUACUUUUGUUUAUUUUUAUUGUUGUUUUAAAGGCCAUAAAAAUAAAACAGAAUUGCUGAAAAGACA